AUGUUCGCGCGGACGUUGGCGCCGAAAGAGAGCUCGAGAAACACGCGCGUCGAUGGCUGGGCCGCAGGAACACUGCCGGCCGCCGCCUGCCGCUGUGCCGCCGAGCGCCGGCCGCGGCGGAUCGAGGCCGCGCGCUGCUCCCAUUGCCGAUGGAAAGUGCUCGCAUCCGUGAGCAGGUGCGGGAGAAAGCACCCAAAAUACGAAAAAAUCACGACUGACUCAUUCGAUGUGAGA